CGGCCUCGGCGGCCCAGAAUCCAAGAUGGCGGGGUUCAGGCGGCGGGGUUCACCGGCUGGAGUUCGGCCGUUGUUUUGCGCCUUGCUGCUCUCGCUCAGUCGCUUCGUCGGGGGCGACGGCGUGGGAGGCGAACCCCGAGCCGCCGGCGCCCCGGGCAAACAGGCGGCGCCGCCACAUCGCCGUUUCGAGUACAAAUACAGCUUUAAGGGGCCGCACCUGGUGCACAGCGACGGAACCGUGCCCUUCUGGGCCCACGCGGGGAAUGCUAUUCCAAGUUCAGAUCAAAUUCGAAUAGCCCCAUCUUUAAAAAGCCAAAGAGGAUCAGUGUGGACAAAGACAAAAGCAGCCUUUGAGAACUGGGAAGUUGAGGUGACAUUUCGAGUGACUGGAAGAGGUCGGAUUGGAGCUGAUGGGCUGGCAAUUUGGUAUACAGAAAAUCAAGGCUUGGAGGGUCCUGUGUUUGGAUCAGCUGAUAUGUGGAAUGGUGUUGGAAUCUUUUUUGAUUCUUUUGACAAUGAUGGAAAGAAAAAUAAUCCUGCUAUAGUAAUUAUAGGCAACAAUGGACAAAUCCAGUAUGACCACCAAAAUGAUGGUGCUAAUCAAGCUUUAGCAAGUUGCCAGAGGGACUUUCGUAAUAAACCCUAUCCUGUGCGAGCAAAGAUAAUAUAUUACCAAAAAACAUUGACGGUAAUGAUUAAUAAUGGCUUUACACCAGAUAAAAAUGAUUAUGAAUUUUGUGCCCAAGUGGAAAAUAUGAUUAUUCCUGCACAAGGGCAUUUUGGAAUAUCUGCUGCCACGGGAGGUCUUGCAGAUGACCAUGAUGUUCUUUCUUUUCUGACUUUUCAAUUGACUGAGCCUGGGAAAGAGCCGCCUACACCAGAUAAAGAAAUUUCGGAAAAAGACAAAGAAAAGUAUCAGGAGGAAUUCGAGCACUUUCAACAAGAAUUGGAUAAAAAGAAAGAGGAAUUCCAGAAGGACCACCCUGACCUUCAGGGGCAGCCCGCAGAUGAAAUAUUUGAGAGUGUGGGGGAUCGUGAGCUAAGACAAAUCUUUGAAGGCCAGAAUCGUAUUCAUCUUGAAAUCAAGCAGCUCAAUAGACAGUUGGAUAUGAUUCUCGAUGAGCAGAGAAGAUAUGUGUCUUCCCUGACAGAUGAACUGUCUAAAAGAGGAGCAGGAAUCCCAGGGCAACAUGGACAGAUCACUCAACAAGAAGUAGAUACUGUUGUGAAAACUCAGCAUGAGAUUCUGAGACAAGUAAAUGAAAUGAAGAAUUCAAUGAGUGAAGCUGUCAGAGUGGUCAGUGGAAUACAGCAUCCUGGAUCUGUAGGGGGAGUUUAUGAAACAACACAGCACUUCAAUGACAUCAAGGAACACCUUCACAUAGUAAAGAGGGACAUAGAUAACUUAGUACAGCGAAGCAUGCCAUCACAUGAAAAACCGAAAUGCCCAGAACUACCACCAUUUCCAUCAUGUUUAUCUACAGUUCAUUUCAUUGUAUUUGUAGUGGUACAAACGGUGUUAUUCAUUGGUUAUAUCAUGUAUAGGACUCAGCAAGAAGCAGCUGCCAAAAAAUUCUUUUGACCAUCAUUUUCACUUGUGUACAUCAUGUAUGUAUGUACAAAAUGUCUUUUUGAGGGAAUUUAAGUAUUUAAAUUGCUUCAUAGUCUAAAUUAUUAAAUUUUUUAUAAAAUAACUUUAAACAUUGAUUUGCAGUAAAAAUAAACCUUAACACAAAAACGACUACAUAUAAAAUUGUGCAUAGUACAUAAAUCUAUUUAAAUUUCUGUGAAUUUCUGGUCAGUAGAAUGCAGCCAAUGAACAGAAUAUUGAUAAAUAAGAAAGUAGGGGAAACCCCUCAAUAUGAAUAUUACCCAUAAUUCUAUGAUAUUGGAGGUUUCUUUAUUUAAUAUAAAUGUACUUAUCCUGUAACUUGCCUCCCCCUGCCCACCAAUAUUGAGGUCCAAGUCAGAGCUCCCCAUCAUGUUUAUUUUGUAACAAAAGUCUUUUUUAGAGGUCAGAAUUUCUUAUAAUCUAAAAUCUAGUCCUGCAGUCCUUUAAUUUUAAUACAGCUCCCUUUGACUCAAAGAAUAUUUUUGUCUGAGAGCUUUAGGAUCUGGAUAAUAGGCUUCUGAAUAUUUCUUGAAAUAUUUUUUCCCUCUGAUUAUUGAUGAUGUAUUUUACUUUUAAAGGAAAUUUUGGGGGAAAAUUAAGAGCUGCUCUUUGCCUAAAACCAUUUAGAUGAAAUGAUUCUUCUGAUAAUGGUUUUUAUGGGUAUUUCGCCUGAUAAUGUAUUCAUUUCAUGAUUGCCCAUAUUUUUGAAUGUCAUCAUUUCAAUGAUGUCAGUUCAGUAUUAUGAAAAAAACUAUUUGCGUUUAUAUUUAUAAUUUGAGGAGCUUAUGUCCAGUUUUGUACAGCAUAUAAAUUCAACUCAGAUUGUGUGUUCUGAAGAUGUUCUAAAUUCAUAAAAGCCACCACUUUCUAGUUUACAUAACUCUAUACUACCUGGCAUUGUGACUAUUUACAUACUCUUUAAAUCAAGGAGACUCUAGUAGAAGCAGUUUCAAGAUUUUUAAAGGCAAAAUUUGAGAAAUAGGGUUCAUACUUCUGAUUCCUUUCUUUUAAUGUGAGAACAAAAACUUAAUUUUGGAGCACAUGUUGGCAAGCUUAACCUUGAAGUGCCGACAGAAAGAGGUUUUAUAGUCUUUGUACAUUGUUCUAGGUAUUGUAGAUACAGUCUGCAAAUGACAUUUAAGAUGCAUAUUUAAGUUUGUUUUUAUAGCUGAUGUAAACUUACUUUUGCUAGCUUCAAAAUACUUUUGACCUCUUUAACUAAAAUGGUUGUCUUUCAUUUGUUAUAGAAUCUAAAAUAAUACUGUUUCAUAAAAUACUACUAUUUAAUUCUUCCAAGCAUUCACACAUUUGCUCUCAAAUGUCAUUUACAUAUUGGUCUUGCUGCCUAAAAUCUAUACAAAGACUUUAUGAAGAACUUUGCGUUUAUAGCAAUACCCGAUUAGUACUAUGUAUGCUUUUCUUAUUAGCAUUUAUCCUAGAACACUAAAGGAGAAUAUUCUAAUGAUGAUUCACUCUGCUUCAUUCACCUCAAUGUAGAAAAUGCUUCUCUAGUGUUUUUCCUUUACAGUGUUAACAUUUUGAAAUUCAUUGUUUGAGAGACUAUAUCAUCACAGAAUUUACUCUUCUUUCAUGAAAAAAAUUUAUACCCUCAGAAGAGUGUUUAAGUUGUAGACUGUGGUACUUGGGAAAUCCUCAUGAGAUAAAAGGCUGCUAAGUCCAGUAUUAUAAAAUUCAUGGUUACAUGUGCCUAAAACUAAAGGGAUACCAAACCUGUGCAUCUCACAUUUGUGUCAGGCUAAAAUUCAGGGGACUCCAGUCUGCUCAUUCCUAAUACAAGCGGAGACAGCUGUUAGGAAAGAGCAUGAGCAUGAAUCCUUUUUCCUUUUAAUUUAGUAAAUUAACUUGCUUGAAAACUGUUCAUGAAGCAGUUCACCCAGGGUAUUCAUUAUAUCAUUUGAAGUUUUGUUGAUUUUCCUCAAAAUAAUUGACUUUAACUCAUUUCUGAAGAGAAAUGUUUGCUCUAUGGAAUAAUCAAUCACUGCCAGGAUUCUUUCAUUUCUGUGCUAUUUUGUAUAAUAAUUGAAUUUGUUCUCUUCUCGCACACCAGCAAGUAUAUUACAGUGCCUUGGAUUAAAACAGAAUUGAUUUUACAAUAUUACUGUAAGUCAUAGUGCUUAUGAUACCACUUUUAACAAGAAAAUGCAGUUAUCUAAUGUACUUCAUGUUCUAAUUGUUUAAAUGUUUUAUUUAGAUUGAAACCAUACUAUAAAGCCACAAAUAAUAAACAAUAUUUUGUGAAUUAAAGGGAUAUCAGUGUCACUCAAAGUGUGGUGGCUUGGUAAGAAUACAGACUCUGGGACCCCAUUCCAAACUGCCUGAAUCAAAAUUUGGCAGGGGGGCUUCUGAAUAUUAGUUUUCAACAGGCACCUCAGGUGAUUCCGAGUACACUAGAAUUUUAGAACCAAGAUGGGGAGUGGGAGAAAAAAAAAGGUUGUGUGGGGUUUUUUGGGUUUUAUUUUUUGUUUGUUUAAAGCUGAGCUGAGAGCAUAAUGAUAUUAUUGUCAUUUGUGCACUGAUUCUUUUAUACUUAAAAUUGACUUAAUGUUCUUUUUUACUAAAAUUCUUGGUUCAUUAGCAACUGCAGACUAACUCCAGAUUGUUGCCUGUAGCUCUUGGUAGUUUGGUAAUGGCUUUUAAACUUUGAAAAUUAUCUUCAGAUCAUAGUUUAGCCAUGAAAAUUCUAUCUAAAUCCUGCCUGCUAAAGUUUUUGCUUUCUUGAUUGUGAUUGUUGUGAAAUUUUAUUUCAGACAACUGUACUUUUUGACAACUUGGGGGAAACAGAAAUUACUUGAAUAAGGGAUUGCCUAACCCACUGCAUUGCAAAGAUACAGUGUUUAUAAAGAACAUAAAUAACAGUUGUGAAUAUUAAGAUGUGAUUAUCUUUCCCUGUUCUUGUGUUUAUUGCACAAGGGAUUAUUUUAUUUAUAAGAUUUAAUGUAAAAUCAACACAACUUUUUAGAUCUGUAUGUUGCCUGUUUAAUAUAUUUCUUUUAUUGAUACUGUUGUAAAGUUUAAAAGGUUUUUCUAUCCACUGUCAAUUUCAAUUGGAUAACAUUUUUGUCAAGCUUUUUUUUCCUGAAUGUUAUUUGAUGCUUGCUGGAAUUCAAGAAAUGACAUUGACCUUACUCAAAUAAAGAAU